CAUUAAAAUGGAUAAAAGGGGAUGUAUCUAGAUGUAUUUUAGUUCUAGAUACAUCUCUUUUUAUCCAUUUUGAUGACAAGUAUUCUCGGACGGAGGGAGUAUUGGACAGGAGUUUGUUGAUCAUCGACUCCUCAGCCGAAUAGGACAUUAUCCUGAUUCAAAAGAUUUGCCAAGACAGUUGGACAUGGUGGCAUACUUCAAGGAUGAUCCUCCUUGUCAGAAAACUCACUGCACUGAUGUGGCGGUUGAGCAGUACAACGCACAACAGCAGAGUGAUGAUAAGAAGGUAACGCGUGCAGUUGGAGUUGACAGCAACAUGUUUAUAUUGGACCAGAAUGACCCGUUGAGCUAUUGGCACGUGUACUUUAAAGCUUAUGUGGGGAGAAACCGGUACAGGUGUUUUGCCGAGUUGAGUGGGGAAAAAGGACCCGAAUUGCUCAGACAUUGCACUGCCGUGAAUAAAGCUUCUGUUGUGGCGUGCAGUAACUGCUUUGGAGGAAUAUACCACCCUCCCGGAGUAGAUUUCAAUGGUUCACCACGUCUUCCACCUCCAAACUUAUAGGCAGUUCCUGCGAAAAAAAGACCGUCAGCUCGAUUGGUUCGAGUCAGUCCUGAAGUAGAAAGAAUGUUUCAGUUUGUCCCUUAUUACUAAUUGAAGUGACAUGUGAUGUUUUGUUGUU